AUGCACUCCAGCUCUUCAGAUGAUCCUCAAAAAUCAAAGGGAGAACGACCAAUUUCAUUUUGGGCAAACCAAGAUCUAUCUGAUAAGGCUGAAAGAGGAGUCGAAAAAGUAGAAGAAGGAGAGGUUUUGCUUCAAUGGCUUAAUUCCAAGAAAGAGAAUUCUGUUAUCUAUGUGAGUUUUGGUAGCAUUAACAAGUUUCCAACAUCUCAACUUAUUGAAAUUGCUCAUGCAUUUGAAGCUUCAACCCAUGAUUUCAUUUGGGUGGUUCGUAAAAAUAAUGAUGUUGGAGGUAGUAGUGAUGAAGAUGAAGGUUUUAUGGAAGAGUUUGAGAAGAGAGUGAAAGAAAGCAAUAAAGGGUAUUUGAUACGGGGAUGGGCACCACAAUUGUUGAUACUUGAAAAUAAAGCUAUUGGGGGCAUUGUGACUCAUUGUGGUUGGAACACAACAAUUGAGAGCAUUAGUUUUGGGUUGCCUAUGGUGACUUGGCCUUUGUUUUCGGAACAAUAUUUUCAUGAGAAACUAGUGGUUGAAGUGUUGAGGAUUGGUGUAUCAAUUGGAGUUAGAAAAUGGAGAGUAUGGGAUGAGUUUGGGGAGGUUGUGAAAAGGGAGGAUAUUGGAAAGGCUAUUGGUUUGGUGAUGGGAAUUGGAGAAGAAGCUAAGGAGAUGAGAUCAAGAGCCAAAGCUUUGAGUGAGGAUUCAAAGAAAGCUAUACUUGUUGGGGUCUCUUCUCAUGCCAAUUUGAUACAAUUCAUUGAGGAGCUUGAGUCACUUAAACUUCAAAGGCUUAAGGGUGGUAUAUGA